GUGGGCGAGGGUGCGAUUGCCGGGUUCUAGGCGUGGAGGACAGACACCGCUGGAGCCCGGGGAAGGUGGAGUUCUCUUCUCCUUGGGACCCAGGGCAUGGCAGAGGGCUGCAGGGAUCCCCAGAGCUGCAAAACUGAAGAAAUGGAUCCAGAUAGCCAUGGAGUUCUGCCGGAGGACCAGGUGGUUGGAGGGCAGGACUGCGAAGAACUCUGUGCCUUAGGAGAGUAUGAGAGCUUCCUCAACUUCCACAUGCGCCUCCCCCACAACCUUGGUAGCUUGGGUGCAGGCCUGCGCCUGUUAGAGGCUGAGCCCUGGGAACUGGACCCUGGGCUGGCCCAGACUCUGAUCUAGGCCUUGCAGCUGGAUCCAGAAACUCUGGCCAACGAGGCGGAGGAACGUGCUGCCAACGUAGCCCGCACUGCCGCCUCCAGCCGGGCCACUCAGGCCAUGGCCGAGGCUGCCCGGGCCACCUUCCACCAGGUGGUCAGCGAGCAGCUGAUGACCCCAGACUGGGGCUCAGACUGUGCCCGCCCCAGGACCCAGGGCACAGCCUCUGCCCCGGACCCCACUGACCGCACUGCUGUUCAGCCUCAGGGAGCCACCCCAGGGACAGCCCUGGCCUGUGUGCACAUGUCCCAGAUGCUGGUCAGUGGGCAGGUGGUGGCCCUCGACACUCCUGCAGCCUCCUGCACGCAGCCCCAGAAGGCACCCCAGGCCCCGCAGGUGCAGGCUGCGGGCACUGGCCCUUGCACGGUCCGUGCUUUCUCUCAAGCUCCAUGGACCAGUGAGAGGGCUGCCACCAGACCCCUGGCGGCCUUUCUGAGCCAGAGUGAUGUGUCUGAUUUCAACCGACCCCCAGGUGUCAGUGGUGUGGGCUUUCCACGGCCCAAGAGACCCACCCUGGUCCAAGAGGCUGCCACCCAGGGCCCCAGUGCAGCCUCCGCGGUGCCCCCGGCAUCACGUGCCUGGGAAGGACCAGCAUCCGGGCCCAAGGCCACCAGGUCCAGGUCCAGGAAGGCUCUCGCCAAGACUUGGUGGAUGGAGCCCCAGAAGGUGGCAGAAGCAGCCUCUGCCAAAGCCCUGAUGGCCCCUGGCCUCCCCCAGCAGGCGGGUGCUGCUUCCUCCACUCAGCACAGUGCUGAACCCUGGAUCAGCAAGGGAGGCAAGAGGACUAAGAAGUCAAAGCACCUAAAUAGUGACACUGAAAACAGCGAGGAGGAUAGGGAGCCUCCUGUGAUACCGCCAGGCUGGAGAACCUCUGAGGCCCCUCUGGCAGCUCUGGCACAGAGGGCUCCAUGGCCCCCAUUGGCUAUGAGGACCCAGGCGCCCUCCAGGCAUGUCCUGUGCCUGCCAACCCGAAAUGUGGCCCUUCUGCAAGACAGGGCAAACAAGUUGGUGAAGUACCUGAUGAUUAAAGACUACAAGAAGAUCCCCAUCAAGCGCUCAGAUAUGCUGAAGGAUGUCAUCCGAGAAUAUGAUGACCAUUUCCCCGAGAUCACUGAGAGAGCAGCCUACACUCUAGAGAAGAAAUUUGGGAUCCACCUGAAGGAGACUGACAAAGAAGAACACCUGUACAUUCUUGUCUGCACUCGGGAUUCUUCAGCACGACUCCUGGGAAAGACCAAGGACACUUCCAGGCUGAGCCUCCUCUUGGUGAUUCUGGGAGUCAUCUUCAUGAAUGGCAACUGUGCCAGUGAGGCCAUCCUCUGGGAGGCCCUCCGCAAGAUGGGACUGCGUCCUGGGGUGAGGCACCUGCUCCUUGGGGAUCUGAGGAAGCUCAUCACAGAAGAGUUUGUGAAGCAGAAGUACUUGGAAUAUAAAAGGAUCCCUAAGAGCAGCCCACCUGAGUAUGUGUUCCUGUGGGGGCUGCGAGUUUGCCACAAGACCAGCAAGAUGAAGGUCUUGAAAUUCAUCGCCCAGAAUCAGAACCGAGACCCACGGGAUUGGAAGGCUCAGUACUUGGAGGCCGUGGAGGAGGCUUUCAAGAUGAUGGAUGUGGGCAUGACUGAGCAGCAAGCCAGGGCCCGGAUGAGGGCCCAGCUGAAUAUUGGGGAGGAGGCUCUGGCUGGACGGUGGAGCUGGGAUGACAUCCAGGUCGAGCUCCUGACCUGGGACGAGGAUGGAGACUUUGGCGAUGCCUGGGCCAGGAUCCCCUUUGCUUUCUGGACCAGAUACCACCAGUACAUCCUGAAUAGCAACCGCGCCAGUGGGAAUGCCAACUGGAGAGCUGAUGCCACUGGUGGCACCAGUGGUGGGUUCGGCGCCGGCAUCCUGGAUGGCCCCAGCACCAGCUCCACCGCCCAGAGGAGGCAUGCCACCACCAUCGGUGCUGACUUCUUCUGGAUCCAGUAA